AUGACUAACAUAACAAUAAUGUCUGCAUGGCUCAUUUUCAGCUACAAAACAGAUUUAAAAUAUUAGCAAAGCAGAUAUCGUCAGAUUUGCUCGCCAAAAAUGUCAGCAUGUUGUAAUUAUUAAGUCAUGGGAAAUGAUAAACAACCCUAAAACACCCCCAAGAAUAAUUUAUAGUCAUUUUGUACUAUGAGGCAGUUAAAAAUCCCACAAAUUUCCCUUUUAAUAACUGACUGGAUCGUUUUUUCCGCUCAGGAGUGAACGCCAUGCUGAGGAAGGUGGCUGUGGCGGCGGCCUCCAACCCCCACGUGGAGAUCCGCCAGGAUGGGGAGCAGUUCUACAUCAAAACGUCCACCAGCGUGCGCACCACGGAGAUCAACUUCCACGUCGGUGAAGAGUUUGACGAAGAGACCGUGGACGGGCGAAAGUGCAAGAGCCUUGCCACCUGGGAGUCGGAGAACAAGAUGCACUGUAAGCAGACUCUGGUGGAUGGGGAUGGACCCAAAACCUACUGGACCCGAGAGCUGAAUGGCGAUGAGCUCACACUGACUUUUGGGGCAGAUGAUGUAGUGUGCACACGGAUUUACGUCCGGGAAUGAAGUUCUGCACCUUCAUCAGAACAAAGAAGAAACCCAGGUGGACCACAACUCGUUAAAACCCAACAACACUCUGUCAUGCUAACGUGCUAACGAAUUCUCAAAGUAUCCUGUGUAAUCUCUCAGCAUCAAUCUGCAUAGUCUCUACAUACAAUAGCAAUGUCUCUGUAAUCUGGUUAUUUGUAGUGAGUAUUGUGUCUGCAGUACAGUAGCUGGAUAUCUCAGUGUCCAUAUCUGCAACCCUGGUGUCAGCUGUUUUGUAGGAGUUAGUCAUCAGUUUCAUCGAGUAAUUAUUGAUGUUCAAUGACAGGAAACAAUAAAACA